UUAGGACCCCGGCUGACACAGCUCCAGCUUCCUGGGCAGGCAGAUUUAAAAAAAAAAAAAAAAAAAAAAGAGAGAGAGAGGAAAAAAAAAAAAAUUGUUUCCCUGACUGAGCUUGGAUGUUUUCCUUUCGCUUUGCAAAGUUUUCCCUGCUCAGCCUCCAUUCCCUCGCCUCCUCCGGAGCGGGGCGGGACGGCGGCGGCCGGAGCGGGGCUGGAGCGGUCGGUGGAGCCCGGAGCGACGGAGUCCCGGUACCGGGCUGCGGGGAAAGGGCAGCUCAUGUCCCUGCCGAGCCCUGCAUGGCCCCAGCGAGAUGAGCCUCCCCCCUGCGGCACUGCCACCGGCCUCCCGCCAGCCUCGUCCGACAGCGACUCCGGCUGUGCCCUGGAAGAGUACCUGGAGCCCCCCGCGGACCCCGCACCCCCCGAGGUCCCGCUGCGCUUCGGCACCUGCUCGCCGCAGCCUGCCUCUCCCGCCGACAAGAUCCAGCUCCGUGCCAGAGCCCUCCUGCAGCAGCUGCCUCCUCAGGACUGCGAUGAGCGGUACUGCCCCGACCUCGCAGAGGAGGAGAGGAAGCAGCUACGAGCGUUCAGCGCCCGACGGAGACGGGAGGCACUGGGGCAGGGGCUGGCAUGUCCCGUGCCGGGUCCCUGCCAUGGCUGUCCCUGCAAGAAGUGUGGCAGGAGGCUGAACAAAGGGGACCCAGGGAUUUCAGCAUCUCGGCUGGGGAACCAGUUUUGGCACCCGUCCUGCUUCUCCUGCCACUUCUGCCACCAGCCCCUGGUGGACCUCAUCUACUUCCAGCAGGACGGGAGGAUCUACUGCGGCCGGCACCACGCCGAGCUCUUCCGACCCCGCUGCGCCUCCUGCGACCAGCUGAUCUUCAUGGAGGAGUGCAUCGAGGCGGAGGGCCGGCGCUGGCACCUGGACCACUUCUGCUGCCUGGAAUGCGACGUGCCCCUGUGCGGGCAGCGCUACGUGAUGAAGAGCGGCCGGCCCUGCUGCCGCGGCUGCUUCGAGAGCCUCUUCGCCGAACCGUGCCAGGCCUGCGGGGACCCCAUCGGUGCCGACAGCGAGGAGGCCACCCACCAAGGGCUCCACUGGCAUGCCCGAGCCGCCUGCUUCUGCUGCAGCCUCUGCCGAAAGCCGCUGCGUGGGCAACCCCUCACCUCCCGCCGCGGCCGGCUCUUCUGCUCCGAGACCUGCAGCCUGGGGCGGGAUGCAUCUUCCACUACCUCCGACUCUUCCGACUCGGCUUUUGCAUCGGCUCCGUCCCCCGAUUCGACGCCCCUCUCCCGAACCAGCCCUGCCGGCAGGACCACGCCGGGGACGGGCAGCACCUCGGUGGCCGGGGGCUGCAGGCAGCGGGUGGAAGGGGCAGAGGCUUGUUUGGAUCAGGCCCCUGUACAUCCUGCAUUCAGGAGCCUGGAGGACCACGGAGCAGCUGCUAAGGAGCGGAGCAGGGAUGCUGUGCACGCAGCGAUGAUGGGGUCACCAGCGGGCCACCCCUCUGCCCCCCAGCCCAGUGCAGACGGUCCUAAUGAGCCUGGAGCCUUGGGCUACCUGGUUUCGGGGGGCUCUGAGCCCCGAACACCCGCAGGCAAUGGAAACCCACGCUUCCGAGCGGGCACAUCCCCUGCUCGACACAGCCCACGGCCAGAGGACAUCGACCUGCAGGACAUCACGGAGGAGGACGACUCCUGGUGUCCCACCUGCUCUUCAUCUUCGGACUCAGACUCGGAGGAAGAGGGUUUCUUCUUCGGGAAGCCCAUCCCCAAGCCCGGGAUGAGUUCCCUGGGCAGGGAGCCCCUGGGGAGGGCCGGGAGCAGGACGGCAAAGCCACGGGGCAGCAGCAAGCACUGCAGUGUGUCCUAGCAGCAGGGACUGGGGGGUCCUCGACCAGCAACGCCGUCCUGCCAGCCCCUGCCACGGUCUCAACACGUUCCAAGCGCGUUUUGGACACAGCCCAAGGCUGGUGGGGAGAAGCCGCUGGGAUCCUUCCCCCCCGGCGGCUGCUGGCAAAGCACAGCCUGCAAUUCCUGCCAGCCUCUCCCACAAUUAGGAACAGGUAAAGCAGGUAGGGAGCAGAGAGCCAGCAACCUGCACCAGGGCUCCCAUCUCAGACAAGGCGGCAGCCCUGGAGAGCAGCCGCACGCAGGGGAGGGUGGCUGGGUGCUUAAGACAAGGGCAGCUGCCUGCA